AUGAGUGUCAACACACUUCUAGGGGAUCCAGAUCGGGUCAACUACAAGCCCUACUUGGCCUGUGAUGGUUCUGAGCAAGAAAAAAACACAAUUGAGCUAUUUGCGUUUGGCGACUAUUGCCAUUACCAAAAAUACCGAGAAAACUAUAUCGAUCUAGACCCUGAAUCGUGGCUAAAACUCAUCAAAUUGACAGCGUUAACGAACGCUAGCAAGUACGAGGGCACGACGGUUCUGCAGGAGGAGUUUUGUAGAGAAAUCACCCCGGCAUUGGCAAUUUUUCAGGAAAAGACAAAUCGAGCUAUGCAUGUAGAUCAACUUUUUAUUGAAUUGGUGGACCAAGGAUGGGUAGAAUUGAAGUUGAAUGAUGCCCUGAAAAGCGUCAGAGUGGAAAAUGUCAUUGCCUUGCGAGACGCCUACUCUGGAGAGGAACUACGAGUGCUUCAUCGUGACGAUGUGGUCGAUAAGGAUGUGCAAUUAGCCACGGAAAAGAUUCGCCAAUGGUCAAAAAAGCUCACCACUUCAUGA